CUCUCUCGCUCCCAAGCAAUGGGCGGCAGCAAUGGAAGAAAGCACUGGUGGAUUAUCUCCUUCGGCCGCUCCUCCAACGCCGUCUCGAAGGACCUGCCUCGAGAGUUCUUGUGCCCGGUCACCGGGUCUAUCAUGGAGGAGCCCGUCGUCGUUUCGUCGGGCCAGACCUUCGAGCGGGUCUCCGCCCAAGUGUGCAAGGACCUGGGCUUCUCGCCUACGCUGGACGACGGUUCCAGGCCCGAUUUCGCCACUCUCAUCCCAAAUCUAGCCCUCAAAAGGACGAUCCUUAAUUGGUGUGACAAAUCGGGGUCCCAGCCCCCGCAAGCGCCGGAUUAUUGCUCCGUCGAGAGGGUAGUGCGGUCCAAGAUCGCCGCCGAGGAUGGGAAAAAGGAGGAGGAGGAGGAGGAGCCAAGGGGCGAGAUUAGGGAUUCGGAGAGAGAGCUGCUGAAUGGAGUUGCGGAGAAUCCGCCGGUGAUAUUCCCCCACGCGGCGAGCGCGGUUGGUCCCCGGGUGAAACACUUCUACUCGAGCUCGUCGGAGGAAUCCGUGUUGGUCACGGCGAGCCCGGAGACUCCAUUGCCGCUGACCACGUGGCCUUCCUGUUUCUCGCCGUGGAACUCGUCUGAGAUCACGGAGAGCGAGACCUCGGGCUUGGCUCGUGAUCCGGAAGAGGAGAACUUGUUGGCGAAGCUGGAGAGCUCCGAGCUUUUCGAACAAGAGCAGGGCGUGCUCUUGCUGAGGAAGAUCACGAGGACGAAAGAGGAGAGCAGGGAUUCUCUGUGCACGUCGAGGAUGAUCGCCGCGCUCAAGCCGCUUCUCGCCGUGCGGCACGACACGGUGCAGGUAAAUGCCGUCGCUUCGCUGGUCAAUUUGUCCCUGGAGAAUGGGAACAAGGUGAAAAUAGUGAGGUCAGGGGUUGUGCCCCCGUUGAUCGAUGUGUUGAAGGGAGGCUGCAGCGAAGCGCAAGAGCAUGCUGCCGGUGCAUUGUUUAGUUUAGCUUUGGAGGAUGAUAAUAAGAUGGCAAUUGGAGUCUUAGGUGCUUUGCCGCCUCUUCUACACACGCUUAGAUCGGAGAGCGAACGCACGAGGCAUGACUCGGCACUUGCUCUGUAUAAUUUGACACUGGUGCAGAGCAAUAGGAUCAAAUUGGUGAGGCUCAAUGCGGUGCCGGCUCUAGUGGCGAUGGUGAAAGCUCGGAACUUGGCCAACCUGGUAUUGCUCACUCUGUGCAAUCUGGCUGCUUGUGAGGAGGGAAGGUCGGCCAUGCUUGACGCCAAUGCGGUGGGCAUUCUAGUUGAGCUUUUGAGAGGGAAGGAGGCGGAGUCUGAGGCGACCAGAGAGAAUUGCGUCGCAGCACUCUAUGCGAUGAGUCAUGGGAGCUUGAGGUUUAAAGGGUUGGCGAGGGAUGCAAAGGCAGUGGAGGUCCUGAGGGAGGUCGAGGAGAAGGGGACCGAUCGAGCAAGGGAGAAGGCUAGGAGGUUGAUGGAAAUGAUGAGAGGAAGAGAGCUAGGUGAGGAAGACGAUCCCGACCAGUUGGUGCCCUUGGAAUCAGGCGGAUUCAACAGGACUCGAUACCGAUUCAGCGGUUACGGGUCUGAUGGGAGGAAUUUGUACGGCGCAAACUCUACCGAGUUCUAACUGUUCAUCAGGCAAAAUUAAGUGGCGGUGGACGGAUUCAGUCCAUUGCUGGAAUUUUCGGCUGCUCCGGCUAGGCGAGUCUGUGCAUAUGUAGGUGUGCAUAUAUUACUUUUCUCAGCGAGAGAGCGGGCGAUCAACUGUUGCUGUUGUUGUGUUUCUGCUUCUCUGUUUUGCCACUUCUUUUGACUCAUUUGUUCCCAUUUCUCUAUUCUGGAUGUGUACAUGCCUGAUUUUGGAAAGGGCCAUCUGCAAUAAAAUCAUAUAGGCUUGUUC